AUGAUAAUGGCAGUGGAGAGGCAGUGUGUGGACUCGUUUGCAUAUUUCUUAUAUGCAUUCAAUACCUUCCAUUUGUGUUUGUGUUUGUGUUGUACCCGCAAUGCACAUCUUUUUUUUUUCUCUUGCAAUGAUUCCUUUACUCUUUUUAUGCGUGUUUACUUAUUUGUGAUGGUUAUUGCCUUUUUUUUUGUGUUUAUUUUCUUUUGGGGGAUUGUUCUGUUAGUUUUUAGCAUCAAAUUAGGAUUGGCAAAAAUGAUACAUCCUUUUGCUUUAGUUUUUAGUGGGCUUUUGACGUCAUCGGCGAUGUUGGGCGGCCACCUACCUGCCGCCGUAUUGCUUAUUUACAUGAUGCUCUUGCGAAACCCCAAAUGUGCCACAUCACCGAUAGUUCUUGUUUUGGCGUUUCUCUUUGCUGUCCUGCAGCUGCUCUCCACGCUUAUCGUAAAUCUCCUCGUUGCCUUCUCACCGAGUACGCGGGGAGGGCUCUUUGUGCAUCACCGUGUCCUCAUUGAGUCUUUUGGCAUCUAUGAGGCGGGGCCGGGCGUCAAGGCAUGGAUCCUCGCAGGAGCCUGCGUCCCUUCCGGCCUCAUUUGUGUGUAUAUUAUUUAUUUUAGAAAAAAACUUUUAAGCCGCAUCUCCAUGGGGCGUGUGCGCCCACUGUUGACGACCGUCUCUUGGGCACUUAUGAGCGUCGCGACGGGAUUGAUUUUCCCGACCGUUUUGGCUGGUGUUCUCCUGGUGAUUGGCAUGAUGGCCCUCUCGUGUGUAGGGCUGGGAGGAGCCAGAACGAUAUUUGGUGCGGCGCGCUCUCGUCCUCGUCGUUUUCUGCUCCUUUUCUUGCAUUUUUGCUCGUUGUGUGGGACAUUUGCGAGCUGCAUCAUUUUGGUGGCUUCGUGCGUUUCUCAAAAUGCCGCUGUGGCAUGUGCUUUGGACAACUUGGACCCCAUGUAUGGCUUGAAUAAAUUGUACGAACAACCAGCAGACAUCGCCAUUUGUCGCUUUGUGCAGCUCUGCCUCAUGAUGGUGACACUUUUUCUCGCGCAGAUGGCCAUGGAGUGCCAUGGAAAGGAAUUACAACAGCAGAAUGCAGGGGACCCGCUUCUACGUGAGGAGGUGUCAAACAACAAUGCUCGCGUGGUCGAGGGUACUCAGGGUACAUCCGUGGCGGUGGUUUUUAAUCAUGCCGAUGUGCCAUCGGCUCCUAAUUUUGCUUCUGCUGCCGUUCCUUCUCACUCGAAUCAUCAUUUAAGUCGUCCGUUGAACGUACCGCACGGGCUCUCCCUAGCAGGACACUCGUCACCAAACAGUAGCGCAGCCUUUGGCACGAAUUAUUUAGAACGGGGUUUAGUUGUCUGUGGGAGUCUCGGCACGUGGAUGAUGCGGAAACUUUUUGCCAGUUCCCGUAUGCUACCACUGGCAUUCAUGGCUGCGAACAUGGUGGCUUUCCCCAGUGUCGUCUCGCUGAGCCUUUUGCCGACGAUGAUGUUAGGGCAGCUGGUGCGAUUUCAUUUCUUCGCGUCUCUCCUGCGGCCAACGUUGGUUUUGAAUUUUUUUCUUGUCAAUGUGCAGUACGUUGUGCUCGCCACUGCUUCGAUCCAGCCGCCCAUCGUACGGCAUCUCUUUCUUGGUGACGAGGGACGGUGGUGGGGUUUGGCACAGGUGAUCUCCAGCGAGAUUAUAUUUCUUGCUAUGCUUGCAGCCGAUGCGGCGAUUCGUCAGCAGUACCGUCUUGCCCAUUCAGAGGAAGAUCACCCGGACGAAAUCGUCGUACCGCACCCCCCGCCAUUGCCAUCAAUUGCCCCAUCAUCACCAACGGCUUCACACGUGACUCGAGAAUUUGUUGCGUUGAGCGAUGGAAAAGACAGUUCUAGCGAAAGUGGCGGCGAUACCUCUUUGGACUUUCUGGGGAUAUGGCGACAUGCGGAAUUCAAGUUGGGGGCCCGACGUGUAGCAGAACUGCUUGCGUACGUUCCUUCUGAGCCGCUCGAAAGCUCGGAGGCAUUUGAGCAACUUUUUUCUUUUCUGGUUGGGCGUCGGCCUACUGCUGAGGAGGAGAAGUGCCUUUGCAAAGAGGGAAUUGGCGAUGCCCUCCUACGCGAGAAGCUGCAUGACUCACAGAGCCCUCUCCUAUCUUAUUAUGUGCAUUGGGCGGGGAUUUUAUUAAUGCGUCAUGCUGUUCUCAUUGCCCUUUUACUUCUCUUUAUUGUGGGAUCUUUUACGUAUCAAAUGGACAUACUACACGCGAUUGUUUUGUUGCUUUUUGUCCUGUACUUUUUCCUUCCAGACUCGAUGGACGAUGCAUGGAUGUUUGUGGUGAUAUAUCUCAUGCUUUUAACAUCCUUUAAACUUAUAUUUACAUUUGUGAGUGAGUUUGUUACGCUUUCUGUUUACAUUGCAGGCAGUCCAUUACAGUACGCCACUGUUGGGUUGGUUCCACUACGUUCGCGUUACGAGGCUAUUCCGUAUGUAGUAGCUGUCUUUAUUUUGACGUUUUUAUUCUUGAGAAUUCGUGUAUGUCGUUCUUGGGGAACAGCAGUGUCACUGCACGAGUGGGACCGUUUUUGCCACUCCAACACUGCCCGCCAGUGGUCCAUGCGAGUCACAAUGACGGUUGCCACGACGGUGUUUGUGGCACUAGGCGUCUUCUUGCAUUACUCAUUCAUUGUGGAAGGGUUUCUUGCACUUUUUCUUCUUCUCACCAUAUCGGCAGCCGCAUUUUCGUUAUCGGGCGCAUUUCUCGGGGUGUUGUGGUCUGUUGCAUGUGUCUACAGCGGCAUUGUGGUGGUGGUUACCUCCGUGUGUCAGUUCACGCAGCUUGCAGAUUUAAUACGGGAGCACGUCUUCCAACGCCUAUGCGGUCAUGAUGGGGACGGCAGCGGGAAUUCCACAAAUGCCAGGCGGUGUGAGCAGGAGAGCGGGUUGUAUCCGGUGCGUGAGGACAUGCCACUCACAUUGUUUCUCGCCCCGUGGUUUCUCGCCUUUGCUACGGCGAUGUUGCAUCGUGCCGUGAAGCACGUGAGGGAGACACCGCCUCGAUGGGCGCGACAACCCGACGGAUCGGGUGGGUUGGUGGGAAUGACGGUGGAGCAACAAGAAGAACAACCGAAGCGAGGGGAACAGAGUGAGGGUGAGCAGCGGGUUGUGCCUGUGGAGUGCGUGUCUCUGCCGUGCUUGGAGAGCGACGACCAGCGUUUUAUCCGGCACAUGUUGAGGCUACUUGCAGUUAUGGACAAACUCGGGGACUGGAUUGCCGCGUUUGGUUCGGAUUAUGGUGGAAUUUUGGUUUGGGUAUCGCUUUUUUUGGCCGCCACGUAUCGGUUUACUGCGAUUGGCUCAGUCUACAUGCUGUUCUUCCUCCUUGACCUUACCCAUAUCUCUGUGUUGGUGUACUGUGUGCUGCACAUCCUUGUUCUGUACACGUACAAGUUUUCCUUUGUUCCUGAAAUUACGUACAGUAUCUAUAAUGUGCCGCUUGCUGCAGUGAUUGGCUUGGAGAAAAAAGGUGGCAACGCACUCUUUGAACACGUCAUUGGCCCAGUGAUUGUUUUCUUUGUCAUGCUGCUUCGUAUUCAUACAUGCGGGGCCAACAGGGAAGUGAGACGUCGUCAGCGCACGGAAGGGCCGGAAAGUAGCAAUUGGAAGAGUGUUUUAUGCACACAACUUUUUUUUUACGCCGGAUAUGAGGGUUUGGUGUUGACGCUGCUUUUGGUUCUUGCCUGUUCCAGUCAUUCGUGCAUUGGAGCUUUCGUGGGAUUGGCAGUGCUGCCCCUGUUACUGGCGACGGGACGGCAGCAAUUACAUCGCGUCUCUUACUCCUUUCCGCUGCUGCUGCUGCUUUCCCUUAUGGUUUUGUGGCAGUACGCACUCCUUUUAAACGCCGCACACAGGUUAUUUCCUGCGAUUGCAGAUUACUCUGAAGCCAAGGAAACGGAUGGCAUGUGGGAGUAUUGGGUCUUUACGUCACGAUAUCACACUCUCCUGGGGUGUGUUUUAGGCAUCAUGCUGCUCCACACAAGUCGGCAGCAAUCGGGUGACACUGCCGUAUCUUUCUCUAUGCUUCGAUCCCAAUUUAAUGGGCAUGUGACACUUGUAAAUUUUGUGCGUGCGGCUUCUGUGGGGUCGCUUCAACUUUUACCACGUGACACGUUUGAUCUUGUCGUCCCGUCUUUUGUUGAGUCUCUGCCGCCAAGUUGUCUUGGGCGUGUGACGACGUUUAUGGUCUUUGCCGUGUCGUAUUUGUGCCCCGUAGCCUUUUUGUCAUUUGCCGCGGGUGUGAUGUCGCAGCCUUCCGUCAUCAAUCUUCUUCUUAUUAUUGGUGGGCUGCUGCAGGUGGCGCAGAUGGAGAUGCUGCAUUGGACCUUCUUUUCUCUCUGGCCAUUUAUAACGAUGGCGUACUGGUUUCUCAUCACCCUCACUGUCGUCUGCAAUGCACCGUAUGUGCGGCAGUUUAUCCUGGAACAUUAUGGCCUUAGUGAGGUCUUGGGUCUCCUGCAGGCAGGCAAGCCCUUCCAGCUGGGCUCACUGCACGUGUUGCUUCUCUUUAUGGUGACGCUGCAAACACGCGUGUAUGACGAGUUCCGCUACACGAAGCUUCUGCGGCACCUGUACGACCGUACGGCCACGCGGCAUACUCGACACGAGGAGUUAUGGGCUUGGCUAAGGGGAAAGCAGGAGGCGGAGCAGCAGUUGGCGGAUGCUAGGAGCCGAGCCCUUCACGCAAAGCUGGAGGAGAUACGGAGCACAUUGCACGGGGCCCAUCACGCAUGGGUGCCGGAGGACAGUUCCACCCAGAAAUGUUCAGCCAAUGCGGUAACCAACAGCCAACAAUUAAAGGAUGAAAAGAUGAUGAUGAUGAUGGCGCGUCAGCGCAUCGCCGACGAUGAUGAUGACACGGCUGCGCGGCUGAAAAGGGAAGAAGAAGAAGAAGAAGAAGAAAAAGAAGAAAGAUCAGCGAAGGGGAGUAUGUUGACAGACGAUAAAGUGAAGGUCUCAAAAAAGAAAUCCGAAAAGGGCGGCACAUGUGCACACAAAUUCAAAACAGGUCUCCAACGCAUCAUUCACGUGAGUGCCACAAAAUUAGCCAAUUGGCUUGCGGUGCAUACAUAUGAACCACAUCGUCACACGGCCGCACAUUAUCGAGGGCUCUUCAGCCGGCUGUUUUGGGUUACUAUUCGAGCCUUGGAGCGGCAUACAGUGAUGGUGGUACUCCUGGCGACGAUGAUCAAUUUUAUGCUUUCACAAUGUGUGUGGGAAUUACUGCCAUUCUGUUUCAUGCUUGUGGUGGCGAUCGCGUACCAUCCGUUUCCGCCACGUCCUAUUUUUGUAUUCUUUUCUUUCUACGUGGCGCUUGGAAUUCUACUGAAGGCGCUGAUUGAUGUCGUACUCGCGCAGGUUUCCUAUUCUCCAGGGCUUCUCAAAAUCCUGGGGUGGACGAUUCUGCACGUGUCGGAGGGCGCGUAUUGGAAGCAGCGGAUUGGGUACUCAUAUGUGAUGAUGGACUUUGUUGUCUUUGCGACGCUGCUGCUGCAUCAAGACAUCUGUUUGGCAAAUGGCGUCUAUAGCCGAAAGGACAUUCUGCGGUCCAGGGAAGGUGAGCAAGCUGCGGGGAACACAAAAGGUACCAAUAACGAUCCUCUUCCUCCUCCUUCUCCUUCUUCGUCCGUUCCUGCUAUUUAUUCACCGUCUUCGUUUGGGGAUGCCGCAUCCGGGACGGAGCAGCUGCCAGCAGGCCGGUCUCCGAUGGAAGAUCCCAUCAGACGCAGCCGCACGUCAUGUAUGAUGGGGAUAUACAGAAAAGUGUGUUUGGCCGUGUUGGGUUUUGUGCGGAAUGCCACCUCCAUCCCCGGUGUCGGUAGAGACUGGUACAUCUACUAUUCGACCGUAGAAGCCAUUGCCCUGCUGGUGUUUGUUUUUGGCUACAACAAGUUAUCCGGUUGGGUGGAGGAUACCCUUCAGGAGAGUGUCAAACGGAAUCUUCUCCCCGGCCCAAUGGUCACAGUGGUGCUUGUCUCCAUCCUCUACAUGAUCGCAGAUCGCAUGUUGUACGUCACACAGUGUAUGAAGGGGAAGCUACUGCUGAACACAGUGACGGGCGUUGCCUACUGCAUUCUUUAUAUGUUAUGGGGAAACCUCCUGACGGUUUCGUCCCGUGUCGUGGGGAACUUGUUUUUCACAUUGAAGAUCCUUGCCUUGACAAUUGCGGUGAUUCAGGUGCGGGUUGGGUAUCCGCGACAUCGUCGUCAUGAUCCAUUUACAUGGACAGCCGGCCGGUCGGGAAUUGCAGGGUAUUUGUAUUUUUGGUACCGCUGCCUGCCGUUUCUUUGGGAGAUUCGUGUGGUGACCGACUGGACGGUGGAGAAGACGUCGCUUCAUCUUGACAAUUACCUCAAGAUCGAGGACCUAUACGAUAUUGUCUUUGAGCGUCAGUGCAAAUUAUACAACGUAUGCAAGCAGCGGCAGGCGCUAGGCACGCCUAUACCCCGUUCCACAAAGGUCACUGCUGGUCUCUCGCGUCUUGUCCUAUUUGUGGGGGCGCUGAUGGUUCCGCUUGUGUAUUACUCCACCUUUAACCCCUCGAUGCAGUCCAAUGAGGUGACGCAGCUGCGAGUGGGCCUUUCGUUUAUGUCUUCGCAACCUUUUUAUGCAUCAACGACAUUUACCGCGGAGGAGAUUCCGAAUGAAUGGUCCUUGUGGUUGGCCCGCACACGUCCCUCGCUCGAUCGGAAUGGAAUUAUGAACACGAAGAAAACGCUGCAGCUGGUCAAUGUAAGUUCAUGCAGCAACGAACUGUGGCCCAUCAGCCCGCAGGCAUAUGGGCGGCUUAAUGAACAGCUCAUGGAGGUGAUGGAAAACAAAACGACAAUGCAGCUUUUUCAGACUAUUGAACUCUCACGCAGCGGCACGUCGAAUUUUGUCUCGCACACACAAAGCUGGACUUUCUCUUGGGAAGCUGCCCGUGACAUUCAUCGCAUGUUGAACAAUCCGACCACGAAUGGCACGGGUUACGUCAAGUUGCAAAAUUUCUACACGCCUUUUCUUUUUAGCCAUCCGGAUGGGUUAGCCGCCUUUGAUGGUGGAGGCGGAGUCAAUGUCAUGGAUUGUAGUAUUCUUCUUCGGCAGGAGGUGGACUCUGUGCUAAACAACACGGUCCGUUACUGGUGUGUUGAGUGCCAAUCUCUCUUCACACAUGGGAAUAUCCCGAAUAGCAACAAAACACGCUUCCCGGAGUGGGGAUGCCUCUCUACCGGGGAGGGCUGCAGCAAGUUUAACUUUGAGCGACGGAAUGGGGAUGUCAACUACAACCCGGUUCCUAUGUACUUUGUGGUACUGUCUGAUCCCUCCGUUGGUGGCGUGCCAUUUCUGCAGGGCAUUGGCAUUGUUGCUCUCUACACGACGUUUGUUCUCGCCCUUGGCCGUAUCUUCCGCGGCAUGUUUGCAAACAAGGCCAAGUACACGAUCCUGAGUGACAUGGCGGACCCUACUCCGAUCGCCCAGCUGAUCGAGUACAUUACCGUGGCCCGGGAGUGUGGAGACCUGCCGCUCGAGCAGUCCGUGUAUAUUGAGCUGGUCGAUCUGCUGCGAUCACCCGAGCGGCUUCUGCGCCUGACGGGGUUUAACCGGCAGAUGUAUGACGCGGAGACGGACGUCAUUCAGUCCCCGCACGCCACCCCGAGCAACCGCAUGACAGAAAACCUUUCACAUCGCGGCGACGCACUGAGGGGGCCCGAGGCGGGGAUCGCCCCCGCUGACGAUGCCAAAAGGGAAGUGAACGCUGCCGGCCACGAAAAGAAGGAGUAA